UCCACCAUGAAGUUCACCAUCACGUCCCUAGCACUUGUUCUCCCAGCAUUUUCCGCUCCCAUUGCGUACUUGGGCCAAGCAGAAACCUCUCCUGGGGCGCUAGAUGCUGCACCUGACCUUGUAGGGUCAAUCUCCACAGUGGGAAACCAAAAACAGGGUCCAGACGUUUGUGACUUCCUUGGACGGGACACAAGUGAUGUUCAUCGCCGGGAAUUGUGUUAUUUGCUCAAAAGAGGAACUGGUGCUGGUGACGAGAAGGAUCAUUCGCACAAGCAGGGGAAGGAGGACGAUGCGCUCAUCAAGGUGGACAUCAACGCCGGAACCACCGCAGAUAUCGGAUCAAGGAGUUUGCACAAGCGACAUGAUGGGCACGAAGGAGGCAAUAUCAAGCACAAAGACGAAAAGGACAACAAUCUGAUCAAUGCCGGUCUCAAACUCAAUGUCGACCCUGACAACAAACUAUCGGAGCUGUACAAGAGGCACGGCGGCAAUGAAGGCGAAAAAUCUGAGUACGUGGGGGGAAAGGACAACGACCUGGUCGCGGUUGACCUCAAACUCGGCGCAAAUAACGGUCUCGGAGAUCUGGGAACUCAAGAGAAAAAAUCCCAGUGGCAUGAGGGUGAUGAACACGAAAAAGAAGAGGGAGGUGCUUUGGCAAACGUGAAAAUUAACCUGGGUGCAGAGGACAAGGACGAUUCUUCGGGCAAGCCUUCUUAUGAGCAUGUCAACGAAGGCUACUCGUCGGUCCAAGAGUCUCGCAGAGACACCAUUAAACGAGCUCCUUUCGAGGCCGGUACCGAGGCAAAUGCCAGCGUCAAUCGCAAUGAGUAGCGCGGCAUGUUUUUCAAUCUACUCGUAGGCUGAUUUUCAGAAAUACAGCACGAUACCUAAGUGUGCAUUUUAUAAAUGGAGCUAUUGUUCAACAGUUGCGGCGUUGUAAUGUUGGUGGUCAGGAUGCAGUGAGUGGUUGCGGCGGCAGGGUAAUACGCACAGCAUGUUUCUUCGAUUUCGGUCCCGACAAGGCCUUGUACCAUUAUUUUU